AUGACAUUGACAUCUCUUCCCAACGAGCUCAUCGAACACAUUGCUUCAUAUCUAGACCUUCCCAGCACCCGUUCACUCCGGCUAACUACAUCCUCCCUAACAAAAGCAUCGUCCCACCUCUUCAAAGACCGCUUCUUCCAACAACGCACUUUAUUCUGGACCAAACCAAGUCUAGAUACCUUUGUACAAAUCUCGCUACACCCGCAAUAUGGCAAUGCCCUUCGCCACCUCAUCAUCGACGCAACACCCCAACACUCGAUGCGUCUCUGGCAACUCUCCAAACAAAUAACCGAAAUCACCCCCUUCCCCAGCUCCUCCUCCUCCUCCAAGGCCGCAACAUCCCCCGAACAAUGCAGCCUCCAAGACGCGUGGGCGCAAGCCGCCGAAAAAGCCGCCCAAAACACAUCCUUCUUCAACGAAACCCGACACGACCAAAAAGCCCUCAAGCAAGCCUUUGCAAACAUGUCCCAGGAAAACCACCUCACCACAAUCACCUUCCUCUACAUGGGCCUCGCAUCCUCGCUCGUAAAAGGCGGAAGAACAUACUGUGCACUCAGCCAAUGCGAAAUCUCGCGGCCCUUUGUGUCGACGCUCGCGGCGCUCGCAGCAUCGCCGCACAUCCGCCUCUCGCGCAUCGCGCUGCACAAGCCGUUCGACCACGGCGCUGUAAGCAUCGGCCGGCUGGAAAGCCUGGCGCCCUUGCUGCCGUGCUUCGACAAGGCAUUCAGCACGCUAACGCAUCUCGCGCUCAACCUGCGCGACUGGCGCGAACAAGAGUCCGGCUUUGAACUCGCACCGCCGCUGUCCCCGUCUUCGUCAUCGCCGCUUCCUCCCCGCCCACCCUUCAUCGUGCGCUUCUUGUCGAAAAUGCACAGCCUGACUUCGCUCCAACUGAGCUGCUAUAGUAACUUUGAGCAUGACGUUUUUGAGCAAAUAGCAAGCCACUGUUGCUUUGACAAGCUGGUGGUGUGUAAGCUUUCGGUUAUGCGGGUGGAGCGGAUAGAGUGGUUGGAUAUGUUUCUGGCAAGGAGUCUGCGAGGGCCGCUGAGGGAGCUUUGCUUGAGGCAUGUUAUGCUGGGGAAGCGCGAGGGGAGCGGCUGGGUCGAGUGGAUGAAGCGGAUUGCGGUUGAGCAGCAGGAUUUGAGUCAAGAGCGUGUGUGCGAGGGACAAGCAGUGCCGCCGGCGCCGGCGGGUAUUACGCAUUUUUGCUUUGCGGAUUUGUUUACGGGACAGGGUGAGGUGUUGCAUGUACGGGGGAGUCGGAGCCUUUGCUUGGGAGAGGACUGGACAUGUCAGCUUUUGAAUGCAUUGGACAGUGGAGCACAAGGGAAGGAAUGGAGGCCACAGUGGGAUAUGGGUGCCUCUGCGUAUCCGUUUGUAGGGCUGAGCAUGUGA